AUGUACAAUCCAUUUAGACCCCCUCCUGCGCCGCCUGCGUUUGGUGAGGGCAAGGUGGUGCCGGAAGAGAAGGCGUCAUAUCUGUCAAGGCUCAUAUUUCAGUGGGUCGAUCCCUUACUGCGAGUGGGUUUCUCCAGACCAUUGCAGAAAGAAGAUCUCUGGCAGCUGCCAAGUAGCCGACUCACGGGAAGUCUUGGCGACGAGGUGGAACGGAACUUCUACGCUCGCUGUGCGCCAGAACAACGCCCGAUCUUCCUCCGCGAUGCCCUCGCUGCUUCUGAGGUCGAGCGCACCGACUCUCGUUCGGAUAACGUUUCGUCUACGGCGUCCCGCACACAGGACAACACCAUAGAGGACGAGAAGAACAUCUCCGAAGAGAAAGUCGACCCCGAUGAGAAAGUAUUAGAAGUGGAGCAGGGACAAUCCGGCAAGGACCGCGCCAAACCUACAGAAGAAGACAAGUCGAAGAAGUACGACGGGUCGCUGCUCAGAGCGCUCCAUUACACAUUCUUCUGGCGGUGGUGGAUCGGUGGUAUCCUCACACUCUUGGCUAGCACACUACAGACGACGACUCCGUUGCUCAACAAGGUGCUGCUGACCUGGCUCACUGAUUCGUACGCAUGGUAUCGUAUACCGGAGGCAGAGCGCGCCGCCGCCGGCUUGAAGCAACCUCAUGGACUAGGAUAUGGCAUCGGGCUUUCAUUUGGACUUUUUGUCAUGCAAGAGGCGUCCAGUUUGAUGACGAACCAGUACAUGCAAAUGACGAUGACUACCGGUCUCACUGUGCGCACAAGUGUGAUUGGAGCCAUCUUCCGCAAGUCUCUACGCCUGAGCGGGCGCGCGCGUCAGAACCACAGCGUAGGCCAGAUCACCACGAUGAUAUCCUCUGAUGCCGCUCGUCUCGAGCGUGUUACAUCCUUCGCACACAACUUGUGGGUCGGGCCGACUCAAAUCGUCAUUGGGGUCGGUCUUCUCAUCGGCACACUCGGGUAUUCUGCACUCGUCGGCGUUGGCGUUCUCAUCCUUGGCUUUCCCUUCCAAGUCAUUUGUGUGCGCGCCAUGUUCAUACAGCGCAAGAAGGGAGUGGUGAUAACAGAUCAGCGUGUACGGCUCCUGACUGAGGUUCUGCAAGGCAUUCGCUUUCUCAAGUUUUACGCCUGGGAGGACUUCUACGCACAGCAGCUUGGGACGUUGCGAGAACGGGAGGUUUACCGUAUCCGGCUCCUGGGCAUUGCACGUGCAUCUCUGAUCAGCAUACUGACCUUCGUGCCAGUGCUCGCCACCGUGCUUUCCUUCAUCACAUACGCCCUCAGCGGACACGAGCUGAACGUCGCGAUCAUCUUCACGUCGCUCCAAUUCUUCAACAUCAUCCGUGCCCCACUCAUGUUCUUCCCGAUGGUCCUGGCAGCCUCUACAGACGCUGCAGUCGGCUUGCGCCGCAUGUCCCGUUAUCUCAUCGCCGAGGAGCUUGUUGACCCGUACACUAUCGACCCUACGAGCGAGCAUGCCAUCGACGUUGAGGGGGACUUCGCGUGGGAGACGGCGGACAAGUCCGCGCGUAAGCCCAAGUUCGACCACAGCAGCCGCGGAGAGAAGGACGAGAAGGAGAAAGAUAAGAAGGAGAAAAGGGAGAAAAAGGAGAAGAAAAAGCAGAACGCGAAGAGUGGCGCUAAGAAGGGGGGUUUCUUUGGCCGCAAGAAGGAAGGAGAUCUGUUACCUACUUCGGCCCAGGCCGACGCUCAUGCGGAUGACGAGAAGGACGACGGGGAGAAGGCCAAGGAAGAAGUUCCGUUCGAGUUGAAGAACCUCACGCUGCAGGUCCCGAAGGGGUCAUUCGUAGCUGUCGUCGGGGGCAUUGGUUCGGGGAAGAGCUCUUUGCUGCAAGCGAUGAUCGGUGAAAUGAGAAGGAACAGAGGAAGGACUAUCUUCUCCUCGUCAGUAGCCUAUGUUCCUCAGACGGCUUGGAUCAUGAACGCGACUCUCCGUCAAAACAUCAUGUUUGGCCAGCCUGAAGAUGAGGAGAAGCUUCAUGAGAUCAUUAAGGCGUGCUGUCUCGAACCUGACCUUCGUAUGUUGCCAUAUGGUGAGGAAACCGAGAUCGGCGAGAAGGGCAUCAAUUUGAGCGGUGGACAGAAGGCUCGAGUCUCGCUCGCGCGAGCUGCCUACUCCGAUGCAGACAUCAUCCUUAUGGAUGACUCACUGAGUGCCGUUGAUGCAUAUGUUGGUAAGGCGAUCCUGGAGGAAUGUCUCCUCACGGGCCCAUUGGCCGGGAAGACACGCGUCCUGGUCACCCAUGCACUGCACGUUCUGGACAAGACCGACUACAUCUAUAUCAUGGAUGACGGAGUCAUUGUGGAGCAAGGCACUUACGAUGAUCUAAUGCAUGGUAGUCUCCUUUUCUCCCGUCUAAUGGAGGAGUACGGUAAUCUCGACAAGGAGGAAAAAGAGGAAGAUGCUCUUGGAUCCAAGGACGAAAAGCCAAAAACUGCAGGUUACGAGAAACAGGGCUCUCAAGCGGGGCAGACACCAUUGAUGCAGGAAGAAGAACGUAUUACCGGCGCUGUGACAUAUGCCACAUAUUCCAGAUAUCUCCGCUUUGCGGGUGGUCUAGUUUGGGCUCCUAUAAUCAUCGGACUGCUCAUCUUGGUGCAGGGGACACAAGUUGGUAACAACCUGUUCCUCGGGUUUUGGACUGCGGAGAGUAUCCCUGGAUUCCACCAGGGAGAUUACAUUGCCGUGUAUACCGCUUUUGGUGUGGCAUCUAGCAUUUUUGCUUUCUUGCUUAGUGUGGCUUUCACCGUUGCAACUUUGUUUGCCUCGCUCAACUUGUUCAAAAGUGCGUUGAAGGCAGUUCUAGCUUCGCCGGUGUCGUUCUACGACACAACCCCCAUGGGUAGGAUCAUGUCACGUCUCUCGAAUGACCAAGAUACUCUUGAUACGGAGGUGUCCAUGACCGCUUUCCAGUUACUGUACACAUUCAGCUCCGUGAUAGGAACAGUGGCGCUUGUCUUCUAUACGUUCCCCUAUCUGGGGCUCAUUUUCGUUCCUUUGACCAUCUUCUACUAUCUGGCUGCCAUCUACUACCGCCGUAGCUCCGUCGAGACGAAACGAUUAGACUCACUCAUGCGUUCUGCUCUCUAUGCCGCAUAUUCCGAAACGCUGACUGGGUUGAGCACUGUCCGAGCAUAUGGUGCACAGCGCCGGUUCGUCAAGAAAUCAGAAGAAGGCCUGGACUUGGAGAACAGGGCAUACUACAUGACGGUCUCCAUUCAGCAGUGGCUUAGCACGCGGCUCGACGUCUUGGGCAACAUCCUCGUCCUCGGCAUCGCUCUCUUCGCCUCCGGUUUCCGUCACACGGUGAGUCCCAGCAAGAUAGGUGUAGUCCUGUCCUACACCCUUAGCAUCACACAGACGUUCUCCCAACUAGUUGCGUACUACGCUCAGAACGAGCAGAACUUCAACUCCGUUGAGCGGGUCUUGCAUUUUACCGACCUGCCGUCCGAGGGAGACAUGACCACACCGAACGAUCCGCAGCCGUCAUGGCCAGAUAAAGGAAAGAUUGAGUUCAGCAACGUCGAACUCGCUUACCGCGAAGGUUUGCCCCUGGUCCUGAAAGGUGUGAGCUUCACAGUCAACCCUUCAGAGAAGGUUGGGAUCGUCGGAAGAACGGGCGCAGGCAAAAGUUCAUUGUUGCAGGCGCUGUUCCGGACUGUGAAUGUGCAAGGCGGCAGCAUUAAGAUCGAUGGGUGGAAUAUCCACGAUAUUGGUCUGCAAGUCCUCCGCAGGCGUUUAGCGCUGGUGCCGCAAGACAACAUCUUGUUCAAGGGCACCCUGCGCGAGAACCUCGAUCCGCAAAAUACGCGGUCAGAUGCAGAGCUUAUAUCCGUCCUGCAGCGCGCUUGGUUGCUGCCUCGAGACGGUUCGCACGAUCCUGUAGCAGAGGCAAAGUUCAGUCUUGAUUGCGCCGUUAAUGACGAAGGAUCGAACUACAGUGCAGGCGAGAAGCAGUUGCUUGCCUUAUGCCGCGCCUUGGUGAAGAACAGCCGUGUCAUUGUCCUGGAUGAAGCGACGAGCAAUGUCGACGCAGAAAUGGAUGCUAAGAUCCAGAAGACUAUCCAGGCGGAAUUCUCGUCGUCCACGCUGUUGUGCAUCGCGCACCGUCUCAACACCAUCGUGUAUUAUGACCGGGUGAUCGUCAUGAACGAGGGAAAGGUUCAAGAAUUCGACACACCACUUAAUCUCUUCGACCGGGAGGACUCCAUCUUCCGCUCGCUCUGCAACGAGGCGAAUUUGACAAGGCAGGACAUCAUCCGCACACGUGCUAGCGUCCCUGAUACCUCCAACCCUGCGGCUGCUUAG